AUGGCCCAGGAAUACAAGCUCAAAGGCCUGGCCGCCCUGGCAGAUGUCGCCUCCUUUGACAAGAUCGAAUGCGAGGUCGACGGCGUACCUGAUGGCAAGGUCCUCGUUGUGAAAUACGAUGGCCACGUCCACGCCAUUAGCCCACGGUGCACGCACUACGGGGCACCAUUGAAGCUUGGCGUUGUCGUACCGGAUGGCCGGAUUACAUGUCCCUGGCACGGUGCGUGCUUUAAUAUCAGCACCGGUGACGUCGAAGACGCGCCCGCUCUUAAUGCGCUUCAGAAAUUCGACAUUUUUGAGCGCGACGGUGCUGUGUACAUCCGCGGCACGGAGGCUGACAUUAAGGGUGGUCAGCGUAACCCCGUCAUUAAAUGCUCCGUUUCCAGUGCUGAAGAGAAGGUCGUGAUUGUCGGCGGAGGAAGCGGCACAAUUGGCGUUGUCCAGGCCCUCCGUGAACUCAAAUACCCCGGCAGCAUCACAAUCAUCUCCAAAGAACCUGAAAUCGUCAUCGACCGCACCAAGCUCUCCAAAGCCCUAAUCACCGACCCAGCCAAGAUCCUCUGGCGUCCGCGCGAGUGGUUCACCGAAGCUGGCAUCGACAUCGUCAACGACAAGGUCACUUCCGUCGACUUUUCUGAAAAAUCUGUCAAAACGGCCUCCGGCUCGACUAUCCCCUACACUAACCUCGUCCUCGCAACGGGCGGCCUGCCACGGACCCUGCCUCUCCCGGGAUUCCGCGGAAAUGAGCUCUCCAAUAUCUUUACUCUGCGCUAUGUAUCAGACGUCAAGGCUAUCCUCGCUGCAGCCGAGGGUUCAAAGAAGAACAUCGUCGUCAUCGGUUCUUCCUUCAUCGGUAUGGAAGUUGGUAACGCGCUGGCCAAGGAUCAUUCCGUGACAAUCAUGGGUAUGGAAGCCGCACCCCUGGAGCGCGUUCUAGGUGCCGAGGUUGGCGCUGCCCUCCAGAAGAAUCUCGAGAAGAACGGCGUCUCCUUCGAACUCUCCGCUGGCGUGGAGAAAGCCACACCCUCUGAAUCCAACAACUCUGCCGUUGGAGCCGUUCAUCUUAAAGACGGCACCGUCCUCCCGGCAGACCUGGUCAUCCUGGGUGUCGGCGUCCGCCCAGCCACUGAUUACCUCCACGAGAAUCCCGCAGUCACACUGCAGAAAGAUGGUUCGAUCGAGACGGACGUCCACUUCGCCGUCCCCGGGCUGGAAGGCGUUUUCGCCAUCGGCGACAUCGCAACAUACCCCUACAACGGACCCGGCGGCGACGGCAAACCCGUCCGCAUCGAACACUGGAACGUCGCGCAGAACAUGGGUCGCGGAGUUGCCCGUGCCGUCGUCCACGCUAGACGCUCACCACUAGCUUCGCUGCCUGCCAAAUCAUUUAUCCCGAUUUUCUGGUCCGCUCUCGGUGCGCAGAUGCGGUAUUGCGGAAAUGCAGUCCACGGGUAUGAUGACGUUGUUAUUAGGGGCCAGCUUGGCGAGGCCAAGUUUGUGGCGUAUUAUGUUAAGGGGGAGACUGUUGUGGCGGUUGCGACUAUGGGGAUGGAUCCGGUUAUGGCUAAGGCGGCGGAGUUGAUGAGGAGGGGUCAUAUGCCGGGGAAGAAGGCUAUUGUUGAUGGGGUUGAUUUGUUGAGUGUGAAUGUUUGA